AUGCUGGACUGGCUGAAGCAAAGAAUCAUAUCAUGGCUGCUCUCCAAGUAUGUUGGACGUUGGCUGGUCAUCGACAAAAAGAAUUUGCAGGCAAAGACACAGGGGAAAGUAUGGACCAUCUCCGCGGAGAACAUCCAAGUCAAGACAUCCUGUCUGGAUGGAAUGGCAGUUCCUGUUCAAGUGGUUUCAGGUUCUCUCAAAAAGCUCGAAGUUGUUUGGCAAGAGAAACAUUCGAUCCAGGUUCGCAUAGACUCUUUUCAUAUUCUUGUUCAAAGCAAGAAGGACAGCAAACUGAGUCCACAGCAAGUCAAAGAUAUCGAGCAACAGGCUAAGCGAGCUCUACUUGAGCAAUGGGAAUUGCAGCUGGAAGAAAGCAUACCGGUAUCGGAGGCUAAUGAUGACCCGGAAGCGACCAAAGUUGGCAAGGGAAUCCCAUUCCGAGCGUUCGUGAGGAAGCUUGAGGUGCAUGUGUCCACCUUUGAGCUGAGGCUCUAUGAUCAUGAGACGCAAACGAGCCUAGGCUUGAUGUUUGACAGCUUGUCUUUGACAAAUGCCGAGGUGGAGGGUUCCAAAGAGUUCAAUGUGUCCAAGAGUGUACUGCUUGAAGGGUUAUGCGUAGACUGUGAGAAAGUUUCAAACAUUGAAGACAUACGCAUGCAUGGCGGCAGCAAGUACAUUUUGAGCCCAACGUCUGUUCAGCUGGAUUUGUUCCAUCAAAGGACAGGCAAACGGAACCCUGACCUACCGAACUCAGAGGUUUCCAUACAAUUAGAUUCGGUCGACUUUAAGCUUUUCAGAGAUCAGUACAGAUCUUCUCUCCAAAUAUUGAAUUUCUUCAUACAUUGGAGGGACGAUUCCCUGUGCAGAAGUGGCAGGCCUAGCAAAUCUCCAGCGCAAGAUCCUCGAGGCUGGUGGCUUUACAUCCAAAACGUUCUGAUCCAAGACAUUCGCGAGAGGAGGAGGAAGCGAAGUGUAGGCUACUUGUUGGAGCGUCGCAAGCAUCGUCUGAAGUACAUUCAAAUAUACACAAAACAGCGGGGAGAAGAUCUGAAUGUGAAAGAGCAGAAAGAGAUCGAAGAGCUCGAAGACCAGUACGCCUUUCAUGACGUAGUCUACUUCAGGUGUACUGCCUUGAAGGCGAUGAAAUCAAAGCAAGCGAAUGUUUCCAAGAGGAAAUCGAAUGCUUCAUGGUGGAGUCGCAUGACAGCUCCCAAGUCGCAAGCGGCACCCGAGGGAGCAGUUGAAGAUGCCAUCGCCUCUCCACUCCAAGGGCUGUCUGCCGAAGAGAAGAAAUCCUUGCUGGCUGCCUUGGAUGUGCAUACACUUGAAAUAGGCGAGACUUACUCAAGCUCGAGCAUCAGUCAGAACAUGGAAAGCAGGAGAUUUCAUGUCGCUUUACGAUUGCAGCGGUGCGAGCUUCGUCUGAUAGAUCAAGCUUCUCACUUUGACAUCUCGUAUGAAAUGACUCUAUCCUCCUUCGACAUCAUGAAGAAUUCCAAAGAGACAGCCUUAGGAUCAAAGAUUUCUUCUUUUCAAGUCAGGGAUGUACUCACUGGCCACUUGUUGUGCAGGCGAAUCGAAGGAGGCGAGAUAGAGUCCGAGGAUCGUUCAUCCAAUCUGGUGGACAUGGCUUACAGCAAGAAGAUCUCGACGCAAAGGAAUGACACGAGUGUUGAACUGCACAUCACUAAGCUGGAGCUGGUCUUCAGUCCUCACAUCAUGCAUAAUCUCGUCUGCUUCUGGGAAGUUUCAGAUGCCUCCUUGGACAUUGAAAGAGCAGCUCGGUUCGCAAAGGACGCAUAUUCAGGUCUCAAGAGGUAUCGGCAACCUGGUAGUGAAGGAGGGAGCAGCUUGCGCGGAAAAGUAAGGGCUCACUAUGCUAUCGACGUUCACGUUGCCGCGCCAAACAUGUUGAUCUACGAGAAUGUACAUCAAGACAAACUAGCUUCAUGCUUGUUGCUCAAGUUGGGGGAUGUGUCGGUGAAGAAUGGGUCAUUGAGUGACGAGGAGAAAGCGAAUCUGGCAAGCCAAGAAGGGCGCUUGGAGAGUCACUUUGCAACUUUCCUGUUUCGAGUAGAGAAGAUCGGAAUAGAUCUGUUGAGGGGAAUCAACUUGAAGUCUCAGGAGACCGAGCACGUGACACCUGACUGCAUCAUGGACGACACGCACCUUGCAGUGACCAGUCACUUGAUCACGAACGAAGUCAACUCAAACCAGGAGGUCGUAGUCGAAGCUCUGGUCUCUUCCAUGGAGUUCACGGCGUCCAAGGAGUGCUUGCAAGACAUCUUCCGCAUCAUCUCCUCGUGGACUUACACGACGGUAUACGGCAGGAAGGCGAGGUCGCCGGCCGUCCUCUUGGCCGGCUGGCUCCUUAUCAACGGGAUCAAGUCAAGGGACGGAUGGUGCUGGAGGUGGGUAAGGUUGCACAGGACGGGGCUGCACCUGUGCAGGUCAGACGGGGAGGAGGUCGCCCCGGAUGAGAUCGUCGAGAUCGACUCGAGCUACUUCCAGACUGCGAGUGUGGAGGGGCUCAAGGUCAUCGAGAUCCAACCAGAGGCUGCUGGGCGUCAGGCCCUGCAGAUCUUCGCGGCUCACCAUCACAACCUCUGGCUCAGCUCUAUACGCAUGGCGCAGAAGGCCAUCAACCCGCUGGUCAGCUGGGACAUCCCGAAGGAGGCGCAACUCGACAACGUCAUCGUCGAGCUCCAAGGAAAUGACCGCCCGCUGGAUCAAGCAGGAGAAGAUCGUGUCCUCGCAGACCAGGAGCAGAGCGACGUUCUUGUCCUCAACCUCUGCGGCAUCAACAGCUGGAUCAAGCAGGAGAAGAUCGUGUCGUGGAGUGUCACGAUGACCGACUUCAACGUGGAGAGCAGCCUCGUCCGCACGCAGGAGGAGGAGAGGAAGGUUGUGAUGUCAAGGCUGCCGGUGAAGAGUCAGAUGAAGCUGUUCAGGGCCUCUCACAAGGUAGAUUCGGCGGACAAGGAGGAGCUCGAGAUCAAGAUGAUGGCGCUGGAUGUCUGUCUCAACCAGGAGGUGAUGAGACUCAUCUCCACCACCAUCUCCUUGUGUUCCAAAUCCUGGGACAUCGGCAAGCUGAACUUGUACAAGAUUGCAGUCAGGGAGGACGGCGGGUUUGCUCGGGCCAUCUCGUCGCUGGAGCAGAGGGUCUCCCCGAGAGAAAAGGAUGCGUUCUCUCCUAGAGAGGAGGAGCUGUGGAGGGCUGGGCUGUGUGGCUCGCUGUUGCCGAAGCACGCUCCUCUAGAGUUUUUCACCUCCAACAACAGCGUCAAGAAGACAAAGAAUUCAAUCUCUUUCUCGAGCUACGGCAUCUCCAUCGACUUCCUCGACGUCAUGCAGGAGAGCCUGUACAGGAUCGAGCUCGACGACGUGAAGGUAGAUGCCACGUUCUUCACUGACGGCACCUCGUUGCUGAGGGGAGACCUCGAUGGCAUCCACAUCUUGGAGAGCGUCAAGAACAACUCCAUGUACAAGUACAUCCUCACUACGUCGCAGUCUGCAGAUCAUCUCAUCCACCUCGAGCUCGGAUCGUACGAUGUCUGCUCCCUUACCUUCCCCGGCUACUGCAAGGACAUCAAGAUCCAGAUCAACCAGCCGAGGAUCGUGUUUCUCCGCCGGGUCUGGACUUCUUUCCUCGGGUACUUCUUCCAGACGUUCUCGCGGGGUACUAGGGAGAGAGCUCUGCAGGAGAGGAGGGAGGAGUCGGAGGACAGAAGGGACUCGUCAUGGCAGAACUUCCGCCGCAACACGACUCGAUACCUCAUCGACCUGCAGCACCCCAUCGUGAUCAUCCCGCGGAACUCGUGCUCGCACCAGACCUUCAUUGCAGACCUUGGGGGGAUCUCAGUCAUGAACGAGACAUCCCUCACGAUGGUGUCCGAAUGGUCUGUCACCCUCCAGCACCUACGCAUCGACUCGACGGAGAGCGAGAAUUGCAUCACAGAGAUCAUCCGCAACGCCAAUGGAAGCGCCAAGAUCCGUCCGAUCACUGUCGAUGAUGGGAGGGGCAAGCUCGACAUCGAGAUCAGCUUUGAGGACGUCAGUGGAGAGUUCUCUGACGUGCAGUACGGCAUCCUGUCGGCCAUCCUGGGAGAGAACCUGACGGAGAAAUGCGUCGUAGAGGGGGAGGGCGGCGGUGUCAAUGAGCUGGGUGAGGUGUUGCUGACUAUCGACAAGCUGAACAUGAAAACCAUCGACCAUGUUCUUCAGAAGGCAGUCGACAACUCCCUUGGGAAGCUCGUCAACACGGAAUGCACCAUCAAGAUUGCGAGCGCUGACGUCUCCUUCUACUCUGCGCUGGGGGGUCAAGACAGCUCGGGCGAGAAGGAUCCUAUCUUCCGCGUGUCCGGGAAAGACCUCAAGAUCCUCCUCAAGCUCUUUGACCUGGCGACGGUCCCUGAGAGCGAGGAUGACGAAAGUCUGCGGUGGUCGCUGGACGUCUCGUUCUCGUUCGCCAAGGUGCUCGACAGUCGGCCGAUGAACGCCGUGCGAGUCUUGCCGUUCUUGACUUGCCAAUCGUCUCAUCCUCUCUCCCCUUGCGUCGAGUUGCACUUUGCCAGCACCUCGUCGUUCCACAUGAGGAUCGAUCUCAUCUUCCGUGAGGCCGAAGCGAUCGCUGACGCGGGUCUCAUCCUCCGCUUUCUUACCUGGCUCGGAAAGGGAGGGCAAGUUGCUUCACGCAAGGACGAGGAAGAGAAGGGUUUCAGCUUCGCCAAGGCUCGAGCAGGAGCUCUGCUGACCAAGACCCAGCUGCAGGAUGCCAGGAUCCACCUCGUCACUGACUUUGCCGUUGCUGAGUCUGACGCCUUCCUGUUCGAGGGCUCUCUGACCGUCUCGUUCGUUCAGAAAUUCCGCGAGUUCAUGCUCAGCUGGCUCCUUGAGCAGUUCACCAUCGUCUGCCACAGAGCUGCAGAAGACCAUCAGAUGAGCUACACGAGCUACGAUGACGAGGUCUUCGCCGAUCCCAUCUGGUCGGACUCCAACAUCCUCCGUCCAGCAUCGUUGCAGUUCUCCAAUUUCUGGUCCAGGGAUCUCGUCGGCUGCAUACCAGCGAGUGUGGAGCUGAGCGCGAGCCCCUUGGAGGUCCAUCUCACCAUCAUCGACAUGCUCAUCAUGAAGAGAAUCCUCAUCAACCUGCUCGGCUCCUUGUCGCAGGGGGACGGAGCCAGCGGGGGAGAGCAGCAGGAGAGGCCAAGGGAUCAGGUGGAGAUGUCCGUGAGGCUGCCCAGCAUCUCCAUGUGCUUCGGCAACCUGCUGGACGAGAAUUUCUGCGCAAAGAUCCUGAUGGAGGGAGUGGACGGGAAGGUGACGAGGUUCGUGGACGGAUGCUUCAGGAUCACAGGAGACCUCCUCUCGCUGCAGGUCGUCGACAUGUGCGUAGCUGGCACUAUGAACAAGGACAUCUUGGCUAGGAGCGAAGUCUACGAUGGCGGUGCCUCCUGCCUCUCCUUCGACAUUGCCACCUACGAUUCUCGCUCGAGCCUCUAUCCUGGGUUCGAUCGCACGGUGAAGAUGGUGAUCAGGCAUGCACAGAUCACCAUCCUAUCGCGAUUCCUCGCUGACUUCAACCACUACCUCUCCAAACUCCGCGCACUCGACGAGGCCAGCAGCAUGCUAGAGCCAGGGAGCUCGACGGGGGAGGAAACGGGAGCAGCACAGAAGAGGGACAUAAGCACGACGAAGGUAAAGGUGGAGUUUGAGCUUGAGCACCCAGUGCUCCUCCUCCCUCGGAACUCCAUGUCAAACGACAGCUUGUCUGCAGACCUCGGAAGCAUCAAGGUGGUGAACCUCUUUGUAAAGAGCGAGGAGCUGGCGCAGGACCGGAUGUGGUCGGUGGAGCUGCAGGACAUGAAGAUGGAGUCGAUCAUCGAAGGCGUCAGGAAGACGAUCUUCAGCAAGAUAGACGGGGUUGCGCAUCUCGGGACGGUGAAGGGAGGCAGGCAGGAGGAGGAGGGCGAUGGAGGCUUGUCGAUGCUCAUUGACCUCAAGGAAGCGAAGGGGGCGAUUAAUGAUUGUCAGUAUGCGCUGCUGUUGGCAAUCUUCGGGGAGAACAUGACGGAGAGAAGUGAGUUGUCGGAAGAUGAUUUCUUUCAUGAGGCAAAGUACCUGCGAGCCGAGCACAAGGCGAGAAAUAUUUGCGACAUGCUGAUGCAGGACAUUGCGCACGCGAAGCUUGGGUCCAAGAAGCAACACAUCCGCUCGCAGUACAACGUGAAGAUCGGGCUUGUCGAGCUAGACGUCCGCGUAUCCCGUAAGGAGAACGAGAUCGAGAUGGUCCGAGCAGUGGGCCGUAGCCUGCACGUGCAGUUCGACAGGCUUGUGCUCGACCGUGAUGUCACCAAGGUGGAAGUUAUCGACGAGGACGACAAGCUGGAGUGGAGAUGUCGAACAACCUUUGACAAGUUCGAGGUGAUCGCAUGCGAGGCUGGGCGGCCUGUGAUGGAGGUUUUGCAGAUAUGGGACAGUGGAGAGGCCUUGAGGAAGAGGAGUAGCCCUGUUAUUUCUUGUGCUGCGGAGGAGCAGGAGGAGGAGGCAAGCUCGAGAUCAUCGUCCGAAAUGCACUUUGGCAGUUCGUUGAAGUUUCUCUCGUUCCCUCCUGAUAUCAAGUCGGAUCGCGGAGUCUUCAUCUUGCACUUCUUCAAGUCCUCAUCCAUGCACACGUCGAUAGAUCUCCUGUUCCGCAAGGUCUGUGGUGUUGCUGACACUGGCUUGCUGUUCGGCAUCUUGGGUAGCGGCAGGUCGAUUGCUCUCCAAGACUUCCAAGAGAAGAUCGGAGCUUUCCGUUACAGCCUUGUACAUCCCGGGGGGCUGAUCGUGCAGACCAUGUUGCCGGAUGCGACCAUCGACCUUGUCAACGACUUGUACAGAGACGACGCUGAUCACUUCAGGCUCAACGGCAACGUGGAUGUGUUAUAUGCUGCCUUCGAGGCAGAGAGCACCGUCAGGGUUGACAUCGCCGAGUUUUCCCUCGUCUCUUGCUCGAAUCACCGUCAAGCUUCCAACGCCAGGAUGCAGAUUGUUCGGCCUUGUUUGCUCGCCUUCUCCCAACAGUGGUACCAGGGAGAUGGGCAUAGGAAUGUCGAGGGCCAGGCCCCUCAGCUCUUCUUCUCAGCUUCUGACUUCUGUGCCAUGAUCACGUACGAAGACAUCAUCCUUGCCCGAGGCAUCUGGUCCAACCAGCUCUUGAGCUUGCGGUCUCGGGUUUUCUUCUCUUCCCCGGACCCGACCAAGGGCCACGGGGCCAUACAGAGGAGCAGCUCGUCAAGAGCUCAUCCUCCCGGCAAGCAGUUGGAGCAGGCAGCAGACAACCCUCUCCGUCUCCGCCUCUUCGGCCUCAACAUGCGCAUCACCCUCGUCGAUGACUUCGUCGGCCGCUGGGUCCCGCUCCUCCGCAUCGGCAUCCCCAACAUCCUCAUCUCAGGCGUGCAGGAGCAGGUCACGUCCAAACUGCGGCUCGGGGUCGAGUACUUCUACCGGCCGACCUCCAGCUGGAGGCCCGCUGUCGAGCCCUGGGAUGUCGAGCUGAAGUUCAGCUCGGGCCCGAAGAGCACCCAGCUCCUGCUGGAAGCUGCCGACGAGAUGUGCAUCAUGCACAUCUCCACUGCCUUCAUCGAGUCUCUCCAGCUCACCAUCAAGUCCUGGACGCACGACAGAAGGCUGUUCGCCAUCCUGCGCAACGAGGAUCUUGGAGACUCGCUGUCCAGCCCAGCUGUGACCCAGCAGCAGCUGCAUGCUGAGAAGUUCGUGCCCUACUCGAUCCACAACCUGCUGGCAGAGCCGCUGGUCUGCAUCCUUGAGGACGGAUCGGAGCACACCGUCCGCAGCCUGGAGCGGAUGGAAUUCACGUACGAGCAGGUCUGGAGGAGGAGGAGCGGACAGCAGUUGACCGUCCGCUACUCGGACGACAGCGCGCUGGACAACCAUGUCUGCCUGCAGCUUGCAGAUGCGCACAACGUGUUCUGCAGGGUGUCCAUGGAGGUGGAGAAGACAACUUCGUACAUCAUCGAGCGGGACGCGGGCAAGAGGAGCAACACCUGCCCCCUCCACAUCGUCUGCGACCUCUGCAGCGUCGACGGGCAGAAGGUCCUUGUGGUCUCUUCCAUGCUCAGCGUCAGGAAUGGCUCGAAGAUCCCCGUCAUGAGCGCCAUCUCCCUCCCUGACCACGAGAUGCUCCAGCUCGGUGUCAUCCACCCUGACUGCUCCAUCUCCGUCCCCCUACAGCAUGCCCGAGACGGCUCCCUCCUCUUCCGCCCCGUGGUCGACGGGCUCGACUACAGCUGGUGCAACCUGCAGGGGGAGGCAAUCAAGAUCAGGAGCGUGCAUGACGGCUCCGUCCGCUCCUCUCAGUGUGUGGACAUCAAGUUCCAACGCAUCUUCGGCAAGAUGCUACCGCUCGACACGACGCUCGUCGCCUGGUUCACCUGUGCCUACGAUCAGGACGGCGUGUUCCGACAGGGUGUGCUGUACGUCACGGACUUUGCGCUCUGCCACUACUCGAACCUGAUAGGAGGGGAGCACAAGUUCAUCAUCCCCGUGGAGGAGAUCGUCUCCCUGCAGAAGUCCAGCACGGCCUACGUCUUCCCCAACGCUCUGGAGGUCAGGACGAGCAAGAGGACGCACAUCUUCCGCACGCUGCUGAACAGAGCGGAGACGUACAAGACCAUCCUAGGGGUGAUGCCGGAGAACAGGGUCACUCAGGUGGAGGAGGACGUGGACGAUGUGGCUCGAGGCGCGUUCAAUCUCUCGUCCGACGACGCCAUCGUCGCCAUCUACGCGGGAUCCUGGUACCGAGACGUGCACAAGCAUGAUGGCUACAUCGUCUUCUCUACCCGUCACCUCCUCUUCAUGACGAUGGAGCACAUGCCGAUGAUCCAAGUGGAGUGGAAGGACGUAGCGACGGCUGAGCCCAAGAAGUCGAUGCUGGUGAAGAACAACGCGAUCCUGGUGACCUCCAACUGCGGCAGAACCUACUUCCUCAGCAGCAGCAAGUGGAACAGAGACAAGGUGCUGCAGGAGGACAUCCAGCCGAUCCUCAAGGGGAACUCCUCGAGCGAUCUAGAGAUGACGGCGAUGAGGAGAGGGAGCGAGAUCUCCGCAUCGGGCGACGCCGGCAUCCGCACGAGGACGAUGACGUGUAAGAUCAUUGACCCGCAGGCGACCAAGAUAGCCAACGACCCGUCGGAUCAGAAUGCCGUGUACGAGCGGCAGAAGCUCCGAGCAAGGGACUCGAUCUCGUGGACGGUCAAGUUCGUGGACGCCGUCACGAAGGCUGCGGGAGCUGAGAGGACCCCUGGGAACCCCUGCAUUGUCGAGCUUCACCCCCCGUGGGUGGUUGACAACCUAUCCUGCCACCACCUGGAAGUCCAGCUGAUCGACCAGACCAAGAGCGUCAUCGCAGACAGCCUAGUAGCGCGGGGGGGGUCUGAGCAGAUCUUCGGGGUCGACCUGCGUCGGGAGCUUCACUUGCGUCUUCGGAUCGUGACGAGUGAGGGGAAGAAGCUUCCUUGGUCAGCAGGCAUCCUCGUGCAUGGCGACUCAGCUGCCUCCGAGCUGGAGGAGGUCGUGGACAUCUCCGACCCCUCAGCCAAGGCCCAGCAGCUCGUAGUCGAAGUCAGCGCGGACAAGUCGACGGGGGGGUUCAGGAUCAGUCUCUACCACCGGUACUGGCUCCUCAACCUGACGGGAGAGCCGCUCUUUGUGCGCCAGACCUCGCACGCCAUGUCCGAGAAGCUCAGCACCAAGUGCCUGACGGUCGGAAGCCCCGUCGGCUUCGACUUUGCGUCUGGUGGGAACGAGCUGGAGAUGAUGAUGGAGGGCUUCAGCUGGACUCAGGGUUUCUCGAUCGACAAGCAGACGGCUGAUGGGCUGCAGCUGAAGCUGACCCCCGACUCGAAGGGGAAGGAGCGGACUCAGCAGGACACCCCGCUGAGAGAGCUGUACCUCAACGUGUCGACCAGUACAGCCUCGGGUAAGUUUGACAGGACCAUCGUCAUCUCCUUCGAGCCCGAGAUCGUGUUUCGCAACCACCUCGCCGAUCCUCUCGUAGUCUGGCAACGAGCCUCUCCCUCCGUCAGGUUCGUCAACGAUGCUCGUCGUCCGACUCUCUGGCUGGAGCCUGGUCAGUCUGCGCCCUUCUACCCCGAAGGAGGACGAGCCAAGUGCAGGCUCAGUGUCAACUUGGCAGCCGAAGACCUCUCCAGCAACUGCGCCAUCUUCGCUCCUGUCCGCAACAGCCUAGGCCCCAUCCUCCUUCGCUGCUCCGAUGGCAGGGUGAUCGCCGUGGAGGUCAGCUCGAGCUCGAGCUCGGGACCAGUGUACAUACACAUCACAGAGCCCAGCGAGCGAGCUCCGCACAGGAUCACCAACCACAGCUCUUUCGACCUGGCGUUCCAGCAGGUGGAUGCUAGCAGGAAGCUCGUGCUGCGCGUGAAGCCCUUCGAGACGGUCGACAUGAUCUGGCCCGAGCCGAUGCUCGCUAAGGUGGUCGUGCUCACCGAGAUCGACGGCUGUCAAGUCCCCUCCUCCUCAGCCAUCGACCUCGACAACCUCGAGAGCAUCGGGAUCCCCAUCUUCCAGUCCUCGCAGGGGCUCCUGGUCAGGACGCUGCUGGAGAAGAAGCAGCUGAGCGCGGCGGAGGGUGGAGGCUCUUUCGUGUCCGGCAGCCACAUCCUCAAGCUGAAGGAGCCCUUCAGCCAUCGGUUCACCAAGAUGGACGUGCUGGGGCUGAUGACGAUCGAGCUCCUGGUAGGGAGGAAGAUGAUCAUCGGAAGGAACCCACUCCCUCAGGAGGGCGAGAUGGGCUUCACUAUCGCUUGCUCAGACUCAGUCACCUCCUCCCUGGUGAGCAGAAGACACCUCAUGCUGCAGCAGGACCUCGACGGGAACUGGAUCCUCUUCGACCUCAACUCGACCAACGGGGUCAUGGUCAACGGCAAGCCUGUGGUCGAGCACCGGCUGAAGCAUGGUGACGUUAUCACCAUCGGCGCGAAGUUGUCAAGCAGCGGGCAGCUGCCCAUCACUGUCUCCCCCUUCGUCUACGUCUACGAGAGUCCCCAGCAAAUGACCAGGAGACACGCUAUGGAGGCCUGCCAGCUGACCGGGACCGUUUGCCUGGACGGAGGGACCAAGAGGCUGCACAUUGCGGUGGGAGACCUGGAGGGAGGGGACCGGCAGCAGGGCGAGGAGCAGAAGAAGAACUACCUGCACCUGCACAGCGUCGGCCUCCGGUUCGUCCUCGAGGAUUACAACCUGAGGUCCCACACGGAGGAGAUUUUGCAUCUACAGCUGGAGGACGUGAACGUGUCCGUCGAGCAGGACUCGAGCUCGCGCAAGGUCUCCUUCUCCAUCAUGAAUUUCCAGCUGGACAACCAGUUCGACCCUUCCACUCCGUUCCCCGUGGUUGUCUUCCUCGACUCCAACGAUCACGUCGCGUGCAAGAUCGCAGUGAUGGAGAAGCUGAACCAACCGGGAGUGCGCAAGUACUUCAACCACGUGCUCAUCGAGAACGGGGACCCCUACGUCUUCCUCGAGGACCGUCUCGUUGCCAAGCUCGUCAGGUUCGGCGGGAAGAUCCUCAAGGAGAGGGCGGACAAGAGCAGCAACGCCAAGAGGACGGCGCUCUCGGCCAAGUUCACUUCCUCCUCCUACGCCAACAUGUUUCUGCAAGAGGCGCUGCGCGAAGACAUUCGCAUCCUGUCAGACUUGGUGUUGAACCAAAGAGGAAGCGAGGAAGGGGCGGAGGUGACCGACCUGCAUGAUCUUGGGGCAUACAUCUACAUCGACGAGCUUCGAUGGAAACAGUGGACGUUGCAUCUUAGCGUCAUGUCCACAGGCGACGAGAGUCACAUCAUUCGACGUCAGUUCGGGAGGAUCGUCGAGAGGCUGCUCAGGAAGAAGCGGGUUGACGACAUCAUCGUCUCAAUCCCUCCCCUCGACAAGAUCCGCCAGCUGCGCACGCAGACUGGACUCCUCAAGUACCUUCAACAGCGGCUGCUCCUCAGCCUCCGCAAGAGUUUUUUCAGCAGCAAGUUCCUGCUCAAGGGCCUCGAUGCCUUCCUGGGCAGCCACUCUCACGCACAGAAGGCUGGCAACAAACCCCUGACUCGCAAGCGCGCUCUUGGGAAGGCGGCGCAGCAUCACGAGCAUGUGAGCUCGCGCUUCGUUGCCGUCAGAGCUCUGGACAAGUUCGGGUCCGUUGCAGGAUCUGCAGCGAGUGCAGCGCAGAACAUGGCCAGGCAUCCUCUCAACGGGAUCAAGAGCGGGAUGAAGAAGAUCGGGCAGAGCAUGGGGAUGAACUGA